CCUGUCCGGGACGAAAGCUGCUUAGCGGAGGCGACUCUCGGUUCUGCUGAGCCCGGCGGAGGUGACUCACGUCGGGGCGCGCAGGAGGAGAGCGAGGCCGUGCGUGCUGCAUCCGGGUGCAAACGCAGCGGCACUUGCCGGAUGGGAUCCAAAGCAGCCGUGAGAAGAGCAGAAAGCCCAAACAUGCACCUGGCCGCCUGGCUCGGUGCUUUGGGGGCCGCCCUGUUCUGUCUGCCCAGCCCAGUCUGGGGAGAGAAUGCAGGGAUCCGUGUGGAUAUCUCUGGGAAGUCUGUGACCCUCACCUGCCCCCUGGGGAACGCUAAAUGGGAGGAGAAAGUGGGGGGCGCGUUCAGGGCCAUCCUCAAGCACACCGACGUCGGACCCUAUGUCAUCACCGCGGAGAAGGAGCUGAAGGCCGUCGAGGAGGGGAAAUACUUUCGCUGCGCCGUCGGCGGCGGCGAGGCCAGGGCGAUUUUCCUGAAGGCCCGAGUGUGCGAAGGCUGCGUGGAGCUGGGCGUGGGGCUCGUGGGCGGCCUCGUGGCGGCUGACCUGCUCAUCACCCUGGGCACCUUGGUCCUGGUCUACUACUGCAGCAAGAAGCGCGCGGCUGGCUUCGGCGGGGGGCUGGCCAAGGGAGGCCCCCGCGGCAGGCCCCGAGGCCCAAAAGUGGACCGUCCCCCACCGGUCCCAAACCCAGACUACGAGCCCAUCCGGAAAGGCCAGCGUGAGGUGUAUGCUGGGCUGGAGCCCAGGGCCUUCUGAGCCACGGACACGGGCAGAUGCUGGUGGAGAAGCGCCACGAGGAAACUUCUUCUCUGCUGACGGGCAAAGGGCUCAUCGGAUGCGUUCACCCCCUUGGGCAUCGGCAGCUUCCCCUCCAGGAGGGAGGUGUUGCCCCUCCCCUAUCUCUGUUUUCCACAGUCUAGCAAAAAACUGCUCCUUGGCAUCUCUGCAUCCCUGUGACCACCCUGGGGUGCCUCCGGAGGGCCGGCCUUUCCCAGCCCCUCGCAUGGCCCAGAAGAAGACGCGCCUCCAUCUCAGAGCCCUCAGAGCCGUGGCUGGAGCUCCUUCAGCCUGCCCUGGAGACGGGGGUGCUGCCGGGGGCAAAGAGGUCUCCCCAGGGCCCUUUCUCACACCUGGACAGAUCACGGGAGGGGGGGAAGCUGCAGAGGGACAGGACAAGCGGCCCUCCCCUGCCCCUUUGCAGUCACAGAGGGAGGGGGCACCAAAUCCGCACCUGGUCUGGUUCUCUUGAAUCCACAGCCCCCUGCCCAGACCUGAGUGGGACCUGAUUGCUGGGAGGUGUGGUGGGGGAAGCUGGAUGGGGGAGUUUGGCCCAGUUCUGGAGCUGUUGACUCAGGGCUGACGGCAAAGGGGCUCACCUAAGGAGUCCCCCCCCCCCCGUCAUUCAUUCAUCAGCCUUUAAGGCUACUUGCAGCCAAGCCCACCUACAAGGUUCCUGCAACUCAGCGAUGACCAGCGCCGGCCUGGUUAACCCAGCUGAGUGUGCUGCCCAUGGCUGUCCAGCCCUCUGCGCUCUCUUGCUGCUCCUCCUACCUUUCGGCACCCCAGGGCGCAACUGGGCUCUGCCCCUCGUCACAGCAAUGGCUCUGCUCUUUUUGAAAAAGACCGGCAUUCGGGUGCCAUUUCUGUUGUACUUGCAAGGAAUCCUAAUAAAGCCCCUCCUGGCCCAGCAUGCUCCA